CCGGACAUCGUUACACCUCAUCGCCCGCACCUUGCUCGUGCAGCAUGGCCCGGCUCGUCGGCGUCGGGCUGCUGCUCCUGGCCGCGCUCGCGAUGGCUGCGAUGGACCCGUACCAGACGCUGGGCGUCCGCCGAGGCGCGUCCGAAGCACACAUCAAGCGCGCCUACAAGAAGCUCGCGAUUCAGUACCAUCCCGACAAGACAGGCGGUGACGCAGCCGCGACAACCAAGUUUGUCGAGAUCCAAGCCGCAUACGAGGCGCUGACCAAGAAGCCUUCGUCGUCCUACUCGCAGCAGUCGCAGCAGUCGCAACAGUCGCAUUACCAGCACCACUACCACCACCAGCAGCAGCACCAGCAAUACUACUCGUACCAGUACACUUCGACGCCACGCCAAAACGCCGGCGGCGGGUCGAUGCUGUACGUGCUCAUCAUUGUGGGGCUUCUCGUUGCCUUUCUCUGGUCGCAGCUUCAGCCAGAAGAGCCUAUAGCGACGUCGCCACCUCCAGCCCGGGCACAAGCGCCAUCGCCGCCGCCCAAGUUGCCGACCAGCGCCAGCCCGUUCCAGUCGCUUGCUGCUACGUACGCCCCGCACGUGGCCGAGCUGACAAGCGCGCAUCUGUCGCGCCGGGGACGCCGCACGCUCGUCUUUUGUGUUCGGGCCGACCCGGUGUUUUGCAGCCCGCUGCAGCAAUGGCGACUCAUGGAGCACGUGGCCUUGGCCGUGGCGCGGGACCCGGUGACGUGCACGUGGUGCGACGCCGAGACGGGCGAUAUGCGGGACAUGUGGGCUGCGUUUUUCGAGCAGCAAGGCCUCCGGCACGACGACGGUUUCUUGAUCGCAAUUGUCAACAACACAGCCAAGUGCGCAGUCAUGCCGCCAUCGUCGGACGUGACGAUCGACGUGCUCGACACGUGGAUCGCCAAGCUCCUCGAAGGCCAAGUCGACCAACAAGCAUUGGCGAUGGACGUUCCCGUCCUCUCGCCUGUCUACGUCUAGGUAGCUCUAGACUACGACAUAACGUCUUGGAUCGUGCGUGUCUCAUAAUUUCACCGGCAUUCCGUCCAAAGAAGGCGUGUUGCGU